AUGUGCGUCCAGGGCCUCAUGGUUGGCGUCGACCCGGUCACCGACGAGCCGGUAUGGCUCAAGCUGACCACGUACUCCCGCUCGGACGAGGACGAGGACGAGGAGGACGAGGCGGCGGAUUCCGGCGGCGCCUUUCGACAGCUGCAGGGCGCCGGCGAGGCCCUCCGUGCCGCGAUCUGCGCCGAGCUCGCCCUCUGCGCCGAGGUCGGAGCCUGCCGCCCAGCGGAGGGGGCGGCGGGCACGCCGCUGGGCUGCGCGGGGGUGCUGCUGAGCCGCUGGGCUGGGCUGGGCUUCGCUGGGCUGGGCUGGCCCUCGCUGGGCGGCAGCUGCGGCGGCGAGCUCCUCACUCUCCAGGGGACGCGCGGGUGCUGA